UAUAGCUUAACAGUUAACCCUAUAACAGAAGUGACAAAUUCUAUUCAAUUUCAAGUAGACUUUGCCCAUUCCGCAAGUUAAUCACUCUGAACUGAAAACAGUUUGAGCCAUGUACAUUUACAGAGGUUUGAAGCGGUUUAGAAUCUCUGGUUCAUCAAUUGUUAAUCGUCUAACAGUGCCUCAGUUGAAAAGAAAAGCUUCUAAUUCAUGGUCUGCUAUUCAGGACACUUUUUAUUCAACAAAGGAUAUAUUUGAGAGGCAUAAGGUGGUGUUCACAAUCUCGACGUCAAUAGCAUCAGUUGCUACAGCAUGGUUCGGUUAUACUUUAAGACAUCUUCAUGAAUCGAGAGUUGAUCAACGGCUUGAAUCUAUAGAGAAAGCUAUGAAGAAAGAUUAUCAGAUUGAAGAUCCUGAAUUUAAGAAGCUUGUGUCUGGAUCCAUUAGUAUUCCCGCUUGUGCUGCAACUGCUGGAACCACACUAAUUCUCGGGUAUGGCUUGGGUUUUCGAGGUGGAAAAUGGUACGCAAACAGAAAUUUUAGAAGAGAACAGAUGAAAUUGUUGGGACAAAUAAAACCUAAAAGAUGGCCACUAAGGUUUUUACGACGACCACUAAUAAGGUCUAAAUCGCCAGAAAAUCUUGUUACUGCAUCAGAAACAUUACCUAAGGGUGCAUCUACUUCCCACAGUAGAGGAUAAUCCCCUAACUUGCUGACAAAACGAGGUCCAAUGGCUAUUUUUUUUUGGUUCUGUCGAAAUUACUGCUAGUACAGAAAAGCCGUGUAGUUUAUCAAAUGUUAAUAAACCAUAUUAUUGUUUAUAAUACCUUGUCAUCGGACUGUGUUUUCUUAUUUCUUAAUUACCAAUCAGGGUUUGAAAUCUUAAUGUUAAUUGGGAUAGUAGUUGGCUCCCAAA